AAAAUACAAUAUGGCCGUCGCAUGGAGUGAAUGGAGUGUGUAUUCAACACUUGAACAAUCAUGAAGAGGCAGAAGGCGAAAUCGUUUUCCCCAAGUUCUUUUGAAGUUGAUAAACGACCGAAGAAGGGAAAGGGCUUGUAUAUAUGCGAUAACAAGUUGUUGCCAAGAUUACAACAGUUUUUGAGUGGUUACAACAAAGGACGACAACCAUCACUUGAUGAGGCAGUUGAUCAUUUACAAGAAACAUUCAGGGAGUAUUCAAGGAAAAAGAGAGGUGCUUUCAGGAUCUCUGUUCAAAAAGUUUACCAGCAAAUAAAGAAUGAAAAUGCAGAAGAUAGAAAACUUCAAGAACUAGAAGACAAGUUCUUGGGGAAGAGAAAGCAAGAUGAAAGUUAUCUAACAGUGGAGUUAAGUGAUCCUGAAGAUGGGAUGAUAUUAUCCUCUGACUCAGAGUUUUCUGAAGAUGAGCUGAGAGAAGGUGUUGGGACUGGAAAUUUAUUGAACCAAUCUAUGCAUCAAAUGUACAAAACAUCGUCAAACUCGAGAAGAAACUCUGAAGACGAGAUAGAAACCCCCUUGGCCGUGGGUGACAUUGUUAAGAAUGGACAAACUCUACUAGAACAAAACAGCCAAAUAUACCGCAACGAAAAGAACUCUUCGCCGCUCAUAAAUGGCCACGAUAUCCCCAGCAAGAAUGUUAUUUCAAAGUGUAGUUCGCCAAAAAGCUGUGACGUUGCCACUGGCAGCCAAACCUCGAAUACGAAUUCAGAACGACCAGCUUUAACUAAUGAGAAUGCAAAAGUUGAAAAACAGAACAAGAAAUCGUCAAGAAAAGAAGGGACUCCGUCUCGUUCGGUAAAAAAGACGGCCUCUAAAGAUAUCUUGUCAGUCGAUACCGAAAAGAUACCCUCAGUACCUGAAGUUAAGUUUUGUGAUCUUGGUGGUUGCGGCGGUUGCAUUCAGGAAGUAUGCAAACUUCUCAUCCACGUCAAACACCCGGAGGUGUUUAACACCCUGGGUAUCACACCCCCGAGGGGAUUUUUACUCCACGGACCCCCAGGAUGUGGGAAAUCCCUGUUUGCCCACGCGAUCGCUGGUGAAAUUGAGGUUCCAAUAAUCGACGUGGCCUCGACCGAAAUGGUCUCUGGGAUCUCUGGAGAAUCCGAGGGAAAGAUUCGUGACGUGUUCAAGCGUGCGUGCGCGCAUUCGCCUUGCGUGCUCUUCCUGGACGAGAUUGACGCGAUCACACCGAAACGUGAGACCGCUUCGAGGGAAAUGGAACGACGUAUUGUCGCGCAAUUGUUGUCGUGUUUGGACGAGCUUAAUCGCAAUAAAGAAGUCCAGGUACUUGUUAUCGGAGCAACGAACCGACCUGACUCCCUUGAUCCUGCCCUUAGAAGAGCUGGACGGUUCGAUCGAGAGAUCAAAAUGGGCAUACCCGACGAACAAGCCAGAGAAGAGAUACUGCGCGUCCAGUGCAAAGACCUCAAGUUAAACGAGGAAUUCGAUUUCAAGACUCUGGCAAGUCAAACACCAGGUUUUGUUGGUGCUGAUCUCACAGCCCUCGUAAGAGAAGCUGCUAUACGUGCAGUUACCAGAAUAUUUAGUGAUGUUGGAACAGACGUGAACACCAAUGAUAAGCCUGGCGACAUCAUGCAACGAAAUGUUACAGAUUUGUUGAAAUCAAGCCAGGCUUCUUUUUCUGAAGAGCAACUGAAAGAUUUGUGUAUCAGAAUGGAGGAUUUUACGCAAGCUCUACGCGAUGUUCAACCUUCCGCGAAACGCGAGGGUUUCGCGACAAUCCCCGAUGUCACGUGGGAUGACAUUGGAGCGUUGAAAGACGUCAGGGAAGAGUUGACAAUGGCAAUUAUUGCACCAGUGCGACAUAGGAACGCGUUCACGCAGCUUGGUCUUACCAACCCCCCUGGAAUAUUACUCGCCGGACCCCCGGGUUGUGGAAAAACCCUGCUUGCAAAGGCCAUUGCAAAUGAAUCCGGGAUAAAUUUUAUUUCAGUUAAAGGACCGGAGUUACUGAACAUGUAUGUCGGCGAGAGCGAGCGAGCCGUUCGUCAGGUGUUUCAACGUGCAAGGAAUUCAGCUCCAUGCGUGAUCUUCUUUGAUGAACUGGAUGCAUUGUGUCCACGAAGAUCACACAGUGCCGAAUCCACCGCAAGUGCUCGUGUUGUGAACCAGUUGCUGACAGAGAUGGAUGGACUUGAGACAAGAAAACAAGUUUUCAUAAUGGGUGCUACAAACAGACCAGAUAUCAUUGAUCCAGCCAUUCUAAGACCUGGACGUCUUGAUAAAAUACUUUACGUCGGUUUACCCCAAGAGAAAGACAGGCUAGCGAUCCUUCAAACCUUAACAAAGGGUGGAACUAAACCAACUCUUCUCUCUGAUGUUCAUUUGGAAACAAUCGCAGCCGAUGAACGCUGUUCUGGAUUUUCGGGUGCAGAUCUAGCGGCUUUGGUGCGCGAAGCUUCAGUCAACUCAUUACGUGAACGAAUGAAGGGAUAUCAAGGAACAUCGGGUUUGAUGCUUGAUGCGAAUGGACCUGAUGUGAUACAACAGGAUACCAUUGUUGGUGUUGCGAUGAGACAUUUUGAUGCAGCGUUUAAAAAGAUUAAGCCCUCGGUGUCGGAGAAGGAUCAGCUUGUAUACAAGUAUAUGCAAGAAAGAAUGGAAACAGAUAACGGUUGAUCGUGAAUCCCAGCGGGUCUUAAAAGUGAGUGUUGUGUGUGCUAUUACCCCAGCGUGAAUCAGGGAGUUUAGGCCCGAGUACGACAAACCCUUCAUGGUUCCAGGAAUCAUGUACAUGAUAUGAAUAGAAAUCCAGGGGAAGCGAGAUGUAUCUCUUGGAAACAUAAAACUUCAAAUGUGAUCUACAUGCAUACAACACAUUUGCAGCCUUCGCGGUAAUGUUAUAGAUAUUGGCUAAUUGGUUUGAUAAUUUGCCAAACCUAUAAUGAACUUCCAGUCAGCUGGACCUGGAACUUGCAGACUUUUUGCUGCAUUCAGAGGCUGAGUGGUCCGACAGAACAAAAUGAAUGAGCCCGAACACAUUAUUGUGACGUAUUUGUUUUGGAAAAAAUUAUUAGAAUACUUUCCAAAAAUUUCCGAAUCCUUUAUUUCUGGUCACUGCAUGGUAUUGCAAAAAGCUGUUCUAGUACAGCACACUUACUUCAGCCAAUAUGAUAGAUUUUAAUAGUGAUAUUCGAUUGGAUAAAAGCAAUGCCCGAAACUACUGCAGUUUUGAUUAGUUUCGAGUAGGAGAAUGUCAGCUUACGGACGUCCACAAGUGUCCAGAUUCUUCGCGUCUUCAAAGUUACCACUCUAGCUGGAGAGCGCUCUUAAAGGUUUGCGGUUACCGCCUGUGUUUUUGCUGAAUAUGCUAAACGCGCGCGUAAAUGAAUCUGGAUACGGGGUCUGAAUCGGCCAAUGUCGCUAUUACUCCCAAAGGUGUUCACUAACUUCAAAAUAUAUUAUGAUGUGUAAUGAUGUGAUAUGUAAAUAUAAUGUUAUAUGUCCACUCGUAUGUCCAAACCUGAAAAUUUCACAUCAGCGUGUAUGCCCUGCGACAAUACAAUACAAUAUUCUCCUCACCGAAGCGAUAUUGAGUGACAAUUGGUAACCCGCUACGACUAAAAUAGCGUACUUACAGGGUGUGGUAAAAAAAUGGGGCCCCCGUGAAAUUUUUGCCAACAUUAACUAGAGAUAAUACUCGAUCUUCAUAGGGGAUCCUUUUUGACGAACCCCCUGUUGUAGAUACGCGUUAUAUUGAAAAAGCCAUCGAGAAAAAUCUUUUGAGUUGGUACUGUUUAUUGUUUCUUUAUAUAUUGUCAGCAUUGAUCAUCCAUAAUUUAACGUCCUGAUAAUAAUUGACGGAUAGUCUAAAAGGCUCCAACGUAAUGCAUGUUACUCCUAUUGGUUAUAAGUUUCAAGUGGGAUAAAGUAAUCACGUAUAGGUACCGAAGAGCUUAUAUAUACCGCCCGGAUACUAUUUUCCACUGUGGGCUACUAUUAUAUAUAGAUUUCGUUCGUUGGCGUUGCGUUUUUUUUGGCGAAGUAUGGCAAAAAAAAAUUCAUUCCAAUUGACAUUUAAUGUUUUGGUAGGCUUCCCAUUGAUUUUUAUCUAUUUCUAGAUCUCUUCUUAAGGAUUUAUUUCAAGCGGAUAUUUAAUAUUUUCCUGAAUGUUUAAAGACUUAUUACUUGAAGUUUAGCUAUUUUUUUCACAUUAAAUUAAAAAUUUACGCGAGUGUUUGUAUUCUCCAUCAUAUUGUCAUAUCACUUUGAUGAACCCGUCUAGAGAAAAAUUAAUUACGUAUUAAUGGGAAACUUCCCGGAAAGAAUUUAAUAACAAAUAUCAAUUGAAAACCUGUAGGCACUGAGUGCAGCACGCAAAGAAUGUAUAUGCAUGGUUAGUAAUUAACCAAUGUCAAACUUAUGAAUAUACUAUUGUUACGAUAUAGUUGUAACACAGUAAUAAUUUGUUGCAUGCGCCGAACACGUGAACAUUCUAUUUUAAGUAAUGUAGAACAGAUAAUAUAGUUUUAAUAAUGAUAAUACAGAUAAUAAAAGAAGAGAUUAGCUAGGAAACGAGUUUGUGUAUGGU